AUGGGGCUCGUCGUGGCCCUCUGGACUGCAGCGCUGGCGCUGGCUGCGCUCUGCGCGCAGGCCGAGCGAACGUACUCGGAAGACUUGACGCUGCGGCCUCUGCAUGGCCUCGGUAAGGUGGCCGCCCACUUCAGCUUCCUGCACGAAGUCGACGGCGACACGGCGCCGAGCGCGCAGCACUUUGACGUGUUCCCAAAGCACAUUCGCCAGGUGCUGCACAAGUUCAACGUAAGCGAGUUCGAGCUCACGUUCGCCAAUGGCAUGUGGCGCCACGAGCAGUGGGGCGAUGCGUGGGACGCUGCUCCGUUCGGCGCGCUCUUGUCUGCUGACGUGGCAUCGCGCGACGACUUUCACGGCCUCGCGCAGGCCCUCGCCGGGAUCUUCUCGGCGUCGCUCACCAAGAUGGACGGAGUCGCUGUGCACACGCAUGGUGCUCGGUUCUUCGAGAGCAACUUGCCGCGUGAAGAGCUCUGCACGGAGAAUCUAAGUCCGUGGCUCAAGCUUCUGCCAUGCCGGUCGCACGCCGGCCUCGGUGCGUUCGUGCAUCCGCUCCACGUCCUCGAUAGCGACUACGUCUCGAUGCGCCUUCGAGUCUCUCGGCAAGCAACCAAGCUCUCGAUGCACCAGACGCUCACGUUCGUCAAGCGCGUCGACGACGGCUGGUCGCUCGCGUCGGCGCUCGGUGCCACGACGGCGUCCGUGUGUCUCUUGGCGACCGAGUCGUUGAUCACGACCGAGCUCGCGUCCGAAAAGCCUGCGUUCGUCACGAUGCCGGCCGUGGCCAUCGAUCGUCACCGCAACAUCUACAAGCACAUAUUGCCGCUCGCCGGCCUCCGCUCGGUGCACGAGCCGUGGCUCGCGACGCCGCCGCCACCCGCGCCCAAGUCGUUCUGGCACUCUGCGUCCGUGCACCGAUACCUCACAGGAUUUGGCCAAGUCCGUGGCGGCGUCGCGAUGCGCGUCCUCAACAAGGACCCGAAAGCACCGCUGCAGAUCGCGUACAACGAGACCAUCCCGUCCUUUAUGCGCGUGUACUUUAGUUCGCUUCGCGUCGCGAUCAACGGCAAGCGACUCGAUGGAAACGCGUCGUCCGUGGUGAUGACACCGGCGACGACGCUUGGCGCACUCACCCACCUCCGCGUCGUGCUCACGCUGCCGCCGCAGAGUCGGUUGGAGCUUGCGUACGCGUUUGAAAAGAGCUUUCUGCCCAUCGAGUCGCACCCACCGGACGCCAGCCGCGGGUUUGACGCGCCGGCUGCCAGUGUGCACGUGACGCGCGGCCGUCACGCGACGAUAUUGUACACGGAGCCGCUGCUCGUGCAACUGCCCGUGCCCGACUUUAGCAUGCCGUACAACGUGAUCUGCCUCACGUCGACGGUCGUGAGCAUGGCGAUGGGAUCGUUUGUGAAUACGCUGCUGCGGCACGAGCGAAAGCGCAGCAACCUCGGCAAGCUCGUCCACGGCCUCAAGCGGCUCGUCAAGCGUCUCGUGCGUCAGAAGGAGAAAACCGACUAAGAGUCCGAUUUCAAACAGACUUUCUAUCGCGC